AAACGUCCCAAUUCCCCACACGCGCGGCCGCGAGCAGAAAUCCCUAACCUGUCCCGACCCAACUCGCCGCCGCCGCCGCCGCCGCCGCGCCGUCGCCAAGGAACCCUAGCGUGUUGAUGGCAUCGACGGAGGAGCAAGUCUUCCUUGAAUCGAGGAACCUGUCAUAUGACGGCGCCCACCACUUGGACAAUUGGGAUUACCCGGAAGACCCAGGCGACCGGCGGAACGGGGUGGAGGUUGCCGAGCUCCAUGACCAGCCGGCGCGCAUGAGCACCUCAGAUUCAGAUCCAUGUGAAGUCGCCAGGCGUGCCUUGGACCUCAUGUUCCCGCGGGAGGAGGACAGCGAUGACUGCUGGAGCACCUGGAGCGCACGAGAGGAGGGCAGUGACGACAACGAUGAGCAAGGAGGGGACGAAGUCGAUGACUGUAGCACACAGGAGAGCAGCGAUUAUGAAGACGACGGCAAUUGCCAUGUGAUCCUAGCCGAGACAAACUGUCCAGGAAAGCUCUACCCCGAGAGCGAAGCAGAGGCCAUAGAACUCAGAUGGGCAGACAGGUUCUUCCAGCGGAUUAUAGAACACUCAAAGCUGUGCAAGGAGAUUAUGGACCUGGGAGAUGAUGAUGAGACUCCUUUCCCCCCAUCUCCCAUGAAAGUGUUCCCUGAGGCAACAGCUUUAUGCAUCCUUGGGGCCAAAUCCUGCCACCACCGUGUUUACAGGACCCAUGACACUUCUACCACCCCAUCAACUCUUGGAUAUCGUGAACCAAGUCAUAUGCUACAAUUUUUCUCCAUGCGUCUAUCAAGCUUUGAAGCCUUGUAUCCCAUUAGUGUGUACGGAAUAUUCGCCAUUCGGGAUUACUUGGACCGGCGACGGAACUAUGUCUUUAACCGUCCCAGGGAUGAUGCUGUAACAAUUGAGAAGCAGGAUUCUUUUGUCGUACCACUUUGUAGCCCUUGUCGAGGAAUGUAUGUAUCGGAUAAGGCUUUAGUAGAAGUUGAUCUUUGGGUAAAGAAGGAAGGGGAUGAAUCAGAUGACAAGCAACUACUUUCUGCCUACGCUGAGAUUGAUGUCCAUGCUGAAGCUAAUGUCAUGUUUUAUUCACGAAUUUCUGGUGAUAAUUGCAAUUUGGACUUAAAAUACAAAGUCCUUUCAGAAAGUGUCGAGGCUGUAAUACAAGUAUAUGCAAAGGUGGACCAUCCUCACCAUGUGAGGUUCACUGCUUUUAGCACCGGAUAUGAUGACUAUCCUCAUCGUGGAGUUGUGCUGUUUGAUGACAAAUUAUUUGGUCACGAAAAAAUAUUCCAGCAUAUUGUUGCAGUGAAAGCAAAUGAAGAACUUCAUGUUUUUUUAGAAGUGAACGGUUCAGUGUUCCAGUGGACUUUUCAAGACGAACAUGUCGGAGCUGUUAUUUCUCCUGAUGACUCAGUCUUUGAGUAUGGCCAGUUCUUCGUGAGGGUGAUAUUUGCUCCAAAGGAUUGUCAGUGAAGCUCAGCUCCAGCAUUCUCACAGUGUAGCCAUUGGCUGAAAGCCUGAAGCUCAUGGAAAAGUGUUGUUGCUUUUCUUGGUAUUGUAUAUAAGUAGCAGCUGAAUUUGUCUUCUUAAGCCCUCUUAGGCAGACAUCAGAAGUACUAAUUUUUAUAGCCUGAAGCUCAUGAAAACUAGAGAAAAUUUCUUGACUUUUAUGUGGCCUAUCCUUGUAAUAUGACUGGUGGAAACCCAAACGUGUUCCAAGUGCAUUUCCUCUGUUAUCUUCUUA